UAGUCAACAUUUUUGUAGUCAAUAUUUUCAACACAUUGUGAUGUUUUUGUGCUAAAUUCAUAAAUACAGUAAUUACAUAACAUUAUCAUGUACUGAACUUUUUCUGUCAAUUUGUUGUAAAACAUGAUGUUUUGGUGCUUAAUUUGCAAAAUCAUAACAUAAUUUGGUGUUUAAUAGACUUUUCCUUAAUCUCUCAUCCAACAUUUUUGCUUAUCCAACGUUCUGCCGGCCCAUUUAUGUUGGAUAAGCGAGACUCUACUGUAUAUGCAUUUAGAAUACCCUGGGGAAGGAAAAUCUGCUUUUUUUCCUUCAAAACUAGACAGGCUUUAUUAAUUUGAGACACUUCCUUGAAUUGUUUCCUCUCAAGUCUGUUGCUUCAUAUGGUGUUUUUUUUCCAUUUGUGACUAUUGAUGGAAAAGAUAUCAGCCCACAAGAGUUUCUCAUCUAACAGUUUGCCAAGGAUUAAGCCUCAAUGACGUGCAUUGUAUUUGUGAAGUCUCCUGGAAAAAUAAAUUCUUUUUUGACAGAGAUGAAAUUAAUGCUCUAUUAACCUUGAGGGCAGCGGGACUUGAAGCUCUCUCAUUGGCAAUCGGCAAGCCCAAUGUUUGAACCUCGCCAGUCUUAUUCCCAGACUGCUUCUACCAUUCCAUCUUGCUGUUUAUCGACACUUGCCUGUUUCUUCUUGGAAGCAUCUGCGUGGCUUCAGAUUAAUUCUGGUCUUUGGAGUUCCUGUGCACAAACUCAUGCAUGACUUCUGAUAAUGCGUUAUUUUCAGCUGAAACAGACGCGAGGGGGAGGAAGAACAAGAGGAAAUGUGUCAUGGUUGUGGUGUUAUGGGUGUGGAAGAGCCAAUGUUAAUGGAUAAAUAUCUCAAAGUAUAAGGCUGGGAAGACACCACAGAAAGAGGAUGGCUAGGGGCUUUGGAUCGUUGGGGAUCCCUGUCCCGCUCUGGCUUUUUAUGGGUGGGUUCUUGCCUAGCCAUCUCCCAGUAUGGACCCUCAAUUUACACGCCAGUGCUCCCACAGUAUACGCUGGACCCAACGGAAGCUAUUUUGGCUUUGCCUUGGAUUUCUACCGGGACGGUAAAGGCAGGAUGAAUGUGGUUGUGGGAGCCCCUCUGGCAAACACCUCGCAGCCUGGUGUGAUGGAAGCAGGCUCUGUCUACUUGUGCCCUUGGGGACCCAGUGGUGGUGACUGCAACCCUAUUGAAUUUGAUACCAAAGGUGAUCAAGUGGCGCAACAGGGUUAUAUUAGAAUGGAAGUCUUCAAGUCCAAACAAUGGUUUGGAGCAUCUGUGAACACCUGGAAAGACAAUAUUGUGGCGUGUGCUCCUCUGCAGCACUGGAAUGCUUUUGUCGGUCAAGAUCAAGCCACAAAGACCCCAGUAGGCAGCUGUUUUUUGGCCUCGGAAGGCCUGAGGCGUUUCUCUGAAUAUUCACCCUGCCGUGACAUUCGCAUGCAGUCCUUUUACAGUUCAAUCUCCUAUGGAAAUGACAAGCGAUACUGCGAACUUGGGUUCAGUUCUGCCAUCUCUAACUCUGGGAAUGCUGUGUUUGGGGGCCCUGGUGGAUAUUAUUUUGGAGGUCUGAUUUAUUCCAUUAAUGCGUCAGUGAUUCAAAGCAGCCUUCCUCGCCUAUUGUGGUCUGUGCCCUCACAGUACGUGACAAGUGACUUCUCAGACUGGACUUACAACGAUGGCUAUAGAGGGUACUCAGUGGCUUUGGGGGAAUUUAAUGAGGACCCUACAUCAGAUGAAUACGUGGUGGGCGUUCCUAACAAAAGCCAAACGAAAGGCGUGGUGGAAAUUCUCACCCUGAAAAAAAUCUUCCGAGUUCUCUGGACCAUCCCCAGUGAGCAGAUAGCAUCAUAUUUUGGGCACACGGUGGCCGUCGCUGAUGUCAAUGGAGAUGGGAAAGAUGAUAUUCUUGUGGGAGCCCCUCUCUUCAUGGAGCGUCGCUUAGAUCGGAAACUCUAUGAAGUUGGAAGAGUUUACUUAUACCUGCAGCACAAGACCCCCAAUGCUUACAGCAACCCCUGGCAGAGGCUGACGGGCACUGAUGUCUACGGGCGCUUUGGCAUGGCCAUCGCUCCCCUGGGUGACAUAGACCAGGAUGGAUACAUUGAUAUUGCUGUUGGAGCACCUUUCGCUGGACGGGAUGAGGGUGGCCGUGUUUACAUCUACCACGGAGGGAACGACGGCCUGAGUGCAUCCCCAAAGCAGUUCCUAGAGAAUCCUUUCACUGGACCAGCUGGCUUUGGCUUUGCCAUACGUGGAGCUUCAGAUGUUGAUGCAAAUGGAUACCCUGAUGUGCUGGUUGGAGCUUACAGAGCCAGCAAAGUGGCUGUGUACAGAGCUCAGCCAGUCGUGGUGGUCAAAGCCCAGCUGGUCCUGCCAGAUGUGCUGAAUCCAGAAAAUAAAAUGUGUGAAGCAUCAGGAGCACAAGUCAGCUGCUUCACAAUCCAGAUGUGUGUUGGAGUGUCAGGAAAAAGCAUGCCACAAAAAAUUGCCCUGAAUGCCGAGCUACAGCUGGACCGUAUGAAGCAAAGAUUUGGACGUCGUGUUUUCUUGCUACAGAACAGCCAAUCAAGCAGGAUGUUCCCCUUGGAGCUGUCAGGAAAGAUUCCCCAUACCUGCCAAAACGUCACUGCCUACCUGAGGGAUGAGACUGAUUUCAAGGACAAACUGAGCCCCAUUGCUGUCAGCCUCAAUUUCAGCCUGGCAUCAAUCUCUAGAGUCGAAGAGUUGCAGCCUGUGCUAUAUGGACAGCUAAUGAUCCAGGAGCAGACUCGUAUUAUUCUGAAUUGUGGAGAUGACAACAUCUGCAUCCCGAACCUCAAACUCUCUGCUCACACGAACGAAGGUUCUCUAUUGAUCGGGGCGGACAAUGUGCUUCUCAUCCAGGUGACAGCAGUGAAUGAUGGUGAAGGUGCUUACGAGGCAGAACUGAUCGUAGAGCUUCCCGCUGGAGCAUACUUCCAAAAAGCAAGCAGCAGUACACAGAAGUUGAUUUGCAACUCCCGCAAAGAAAAUGAGACUCGCCUGGUGGCCUGUGAAAUGGGCAAUCCAAUGAAAGCUGGCACAGAGAUCAAGGUAGAUGUGGAACUAAGUGUCAGCCAACUGGAAAAUGCUGAGGACACCAUCAGCUUCAUGCUCCAGUUGAAGAGCAAGAAUUCACUCAAUUCCAGCAGUAAUGUGCUACGACUGCCAGUCCCUGUCAAGGUGGCUGCGAAGAUGGAGCUUCUAGGGAUUUCUGCACCAACCGCCAUUGUGCUCCCUGUGGCCACAGAUUAUAAGAACAACAGCAUGAAGGCAGAUGACUAUGGACCCAAAGUUGAACACAUCUAUCGGUUGCAGAAUGCGGGUCCUAGCACUGUGUCUGGAGCUGAGCUCCUCGUGGAUUUUCCCAACAACUUCUGGGACGGCUUCUUGCUCUACAUCACCAGGGUCAACACUGAGGGCAACAUUGCCUGCUCACCCAUGAAUGAGACCAAUCCCCUCAAGCUAGAACUCCAAGAGCCCAUGACUACCCCCAGCUCCAAUAGAAGCAUCCAGGAAGGGCGCUGGCGUCAGAAGCGUGACCUGAGUCCCGUAACACCAGAGGAACCAGCGGUGAUGGUGAACUGUAGCAGCCAAAUCUGUGCUGUCCUUCACUGUCAAGUGGGAUUACUGGAGAAAGGGCAAGGAGCCAUGGUGACGAUCCAUGCUGUUCUGUGGUUGCCAAGUUUCCGAGAGCGCCCCGUGGAACAGUUUCUCAUCCAGUCUCAAGCCCAGUUCAGCGUUUCAGGAAUGCCAUACCACAUACAGCCAGAAGUUCUACCAAGUGGAUCUGCUGUGGCAAAGACACGAAUAGAGUGGGUGAAUCCUGAUGCUGAGAGGAAGAUCCCUGUAUGGUGGAUCAUAGUAGCUGUUUUGGUGGGACUUCUCCUUCUUGCUGCCUUCAUUAUAAUUCUUUGGAAGACAGGCUUUUUUAAGAGAAAGCGUCCACCCACAGAGGAUGAGGAACAGCUAACCAAUGAGCCUGGGGCACAGUCAUCUGGUGACGGGAACUAAUGAGGAUGUGAUGCUUCCACAUACACAACCCAUCUGAACUCAUUCCUGCACUGAACCACCCUUACAUGGUUCUGAGAUGACACUCUCUGGAUCUUUUACUCUUUCACCAUCUCCCCUUAUCCAUAUCUAAGAAUGCCAUUUUCUUCUUCAUAAAACAAUAUGUAGCACCAUGUGCACACAGUUUGAGGAGAUUAUAAAGUAAUCUACCUACUGGAGCACAGCAAGCGGGAUUCUUAACCUCUCUAUACUUUCAGUCACAUUCACUUUCACUUUCAGGUCAUGGAUUGUUUCACUAGAGCCCUGAAACUCCUUUUCACCACAAACCACACUCUUUCCAGAUAAUCCAGUAAGUAAAAGUUUAUUUGGAAAAGAGUAUAUAAAAAUCAACAAAUCUAAAAAAGAAAAUCAAAGUUCUAAGUUAUUUCCAAGAUAGCCAAGAGUCCAAAAUCAUUUCAAAUUCAGUCUCAAUAGUCUAUCCACAGAUAUAUCCAUAAACAUGAUAGUAUGAAUCUAAGGCAGGCAAUCUAUGCCACACAUGAACUAGAAACAGGAAAAAACGUAUAAACUUGAAGACAUGAAUUCCAAGAAUGUAAGACCAAGAACUGAGAGCUGUUCACUUGAAAUACAGUGUUGCUCUCACAAAGGAUUGUGCAAGCAGAAACCACUUUAAAAGGCAUCAAUCCCUCCCAUGACAUCAUUCCUCACACACCUGCUUUUCCUCUCCUUAUCUCUAAGCCUUUGGGAAAAAUGAGCCUGUCUUUGUUGUAUGCUCUACCUCCAAAGUUCCAAGCACCUGGACCUGAACAAACAUUCCCACAUUUCUCUCAGCCUGCACUUCUGGCAGAUUAUCAUGAGAACCAAUAUCGCUUUAUCUAGUCUCAUGAGAACUGCCAGAAGAUUCCAAAGGAUCUCUCUCCAUAACACUUCUAUCCUUCUCUGGGCCCUCUGAAUCUAUCCCAGCAUUCCCUUUCUCAUCUUCUGAGCACUCAGAAUCUGACCAAGCUACACAUGGAUUUUCUUGCUUCCACUCAUCAAGCACACCACUAAUCACAAAUCCAUUUUUGAAAGGCUUGCUAAUUUAUACACAAGGCAGAAAGAACAAGUUACAGAGAGGUGAAUAUGCUGAAAAAGAGAACCUUCCCUUGUGUACUUUUGGAAAAUGAUAUGUGACUUUCCUUCCCAUAAAAUAGGGGCAUGGACCUUGUGUCUCCCUCAUAUGUGUAUGGACUAUUACUCCCAUCACCCACCACAUCCCAGUCUGGCCAGGGCUGAGGGGUAAAGGAAUUUGGAGAGCUUCAUGUUAUGCACCUCUGCAUUAAAUAUACCGUAAAUUAAAACAGACAGAGUUAAUAGGCAAAUAUGAACACAGAUGAUAAGUAAUAGCAUAAUUCCCCAGAAUUGAUAUAAUGAAUAUGGCGGAAUGCUUUAAAAAGAUAACUUGGGUAUCCUCCACACUGUAUUUUCACUCUUCAACAGGCUGGUGCUUUUAAUGUUUCAAAAUUAAUAAUAAUGUUUCACAAUAAAAUAAUAAUAAUGAAUUUGUACUUAA